CAUGGUCGUCACUUAUGUAUACCAUCAAUUGGAGUUUUGUCAAUUGCUACGAGACCCAAACGGGAAAUGCGAACGGGAAAUUUUGCUUUUAUUCUCUUGUAAUUGCAAUGAAACAAUAUUCGCCUGUUCUAGUAUUCAGUAUCAUAAUGACAUCCUAAAUGUGCUCAAUUCAAAAUUUGAUAUUAAUUCUAAAUUAUUAAUUUUACCGAAUUAUUAAAUAAAAUUAUUCCUGAAAAUUUCAAAAAAUUAGAAAGUACCAAGUGGUGAGUUCAAUUUCCAACUUAUUGAACGAAGCCUGUAACUCGUGUUUUCAUCCUUGAAGCCCCCGAAUCAUCACGUAUAGAAGUGACCAUAAGUAUUUAGUGCAUUUCUAAAACAGUUAACUCACGUAUUUAAUAUAUACGGUUCUGUGGUGCAAGGGAAUUAUUUGGAUUUGAGUAGUAGUUGCAUUUCUUUGUGAGGAAGUGUACCAAAUUAUUGGUUGGUUACUGUUGUAAGCAGACUUGAAAAUCGCCUAGUUGGGUUUACAAAUUCCUAAUACGGAUUUGUUGAAAGAGAUUUUCAUCCAGAAUUCGUGAGAUUUUAUUGAUUAUUAGAAAUGGCGGAAGAUUUAGACGUAGAAGCUAUGCUGGAAGCCCCGUACAAGAAAGGAACCCUUACAUGUCACAGCUUGGCUCAGGCCCGAGCUUCAGAACGGGGCAGGGGCACAAUGCAGAAAGGGCCCCACCCAGAUGGGUUUGCAAGCAACAGUCACUCUUACCCAAGAGAUGCUUGAUCACUCGAACGCUUCACCGGAUGAAGAUGUGUACCAGGAAGCUGUGGACGCUAAAAUACCUGUUAAAAUACUCCCAGAUGCACUCUAGAUUAAAAUGAAAAUGCCUAUCAGCACAUUUUAUAGGUAGUCACAAGUGGAAUAAAACUUGCCUUACGAAUUUUAGAAUAUAUUUGCAGUGAAUGGGUGUGUCAUUGAUUUUUAUUUCUAAAUGUUUCAAUUGUUAUUCUGUUGAUACUUUGGUUUCUUUCAGUCAAAAAGUUUCUUUACUCUGGUUAUGAUAAGAAAGUUACUAAAAUAUAUUUGUUCAGUUUAUAAAUCAGGGUAUUGCAUGCGUGUUAAUUUCUUAUACUAGCUAUAAAUGUAUAUUAAUGGUUGAUGCACAGUUGAUAAAACUCAAAUGAAAAUUCAUUUUAAAGUUAAUGAAGUUUCAAGCAUAAUUGCAAUGGUUUAAUUUUUGUUAUUAUCUUUCUAAACACUUAGAUUUUGAUGUUUCUUAUAAAAUUUCAACAUUUUUAGCAUUAUUAAUGAAGUUUUAUUAUCAUUAUUAAAUAUUUUUUUAUAAAUGUAAUUCAAAGCUUGUUAAUUUUCAGAAGAGAUACACUUUUUCUUGAUUUAACUGUGGAUCAACAAAUUUGUCUUACCCUAGUGAUUUUUAUAGUAAGUGACUUCUUGUGUUGACAUGAUUAUUAUAUAAAUUUUUGUGAUUUUAAUGGUCACAUUAAGAAAAGGAAAUUCUAUUUUUCUGAAGAUAGUUCAAAAUGCUUGGCAGUCUGUUUGUUGUCCCCCAAAACAAUUUUCCUCCCUUUUGUUUGAAUGGAUUGUUGUGUAUAAAUUAGUUGUAACUUUCUAAACAGUACUUUGCUUUGGUUAGAAAUUACUUUGUGCUGUUGAUAUUGUGGUAAUGAUAAUUACAAAUAGGUUGGCAAUCUUUUAUCUCAGUCUCUUUGAAUGUGCUGAUGGGCUGGUGUAUUAGAAUGUUAUGAUUGUGUUCCAUUGCGGGUGAAGGAUUGUGUCCAAGUAUCGUGUUCAUAUUUUUAAUAUUAUUCUGCACCAUUUUAUCUUAUAGAUUUAAGGAAAUUGGUAUAUGAUUUGAUGUAGUUAUAAAAAGAAAUUGGGAUCUUAAAAUGAAUGUUUCAUGAAGUAUAUUCACAAUUUUUAAUAUCAACUAAAAUUUUUUUUCUGUAUUGCUUUUCCUGCUUAAAAUUGAUACAUAAUCAUAUACCAACGUUCUUUUUCUUUCAAUUUAAUCUACUUUUAAUUUAAAUAUCGGUGCACAUAUACAUACUUAAUGUAAUGGUUUAGAUUCAAAAGUAAAAUUUGUUAGGUCCAAAGCAAAUUAUUUAAUAUGAAAGCUCGAAAUUGCCUUAGUUUCAAAACAAACAUACCAUCUUUCAUGAGCUGUAUCUUUGCAGAAGUAAGGAUGUGAUACUGUAUUUGGCCGAGCACGAGGACACGUGGCAUAGGAGGUGAGUAAUGGGAGGAUUUGUGGGGGGGUCCCCUUUUCCCAUCCAAAACGCCUUCCAGCUCCAGGGUUGAGGGCUUUAGUUGGUUCCUUUAACAGCUGCUUUGCGUGUAUUGUUUAGCAAGCGGAACCAACAAAUGUGGGGCAAGAAGAGGAAUCUACACUGUGUUAAAGUUAAAUUAAAUUAGGUCUUGAGUAAUAUAUUAAUUGCAUUCUGGUGUUUGUUUUCUUCCUUUCUUCCCCUUCUGCGUGAUGCCUGGUUGCCGUGGGUUACCAACUUUGUGUGCUGCUGUUUCAUAGGAUGAUGUCUCUACCAACAAGAUCAGCAGCCAGCAAGAAAAUGGGACAUCAAACAGUCAUCGGUCUUCUGGAAUACUGUUCAGUACAUAGCAGUGAAAUUAAAUUAUUUUGUGGAAUGGGAAUUCAUAUGAAAGAUUUGUGUAAAACCCGUACAAAAUGGGGCUGAUACUUUAGAAUUUUUGAAAAGUGGAAAGUUUGUGAUAAGAUGUGAUAAUGAUGGUAUUUAGGUUAAGGCUGGAGGUACCAUCCUAAAUUACGUUUCAAAUUACAUAGGCUAUACAUAAUAAGGUUAUUAAAAUGUAUAUGUAUCAUUCAGGAAAAGCAAGCACAGAAGUAGAAGUAGAUCCCAUGAACGUGAUCGCCACCGGAGUCGUUCGCGUGACCGGCAUCGUGGUGAACGGGAGAAGGACAAAGAGCGUGAUCGCCACAGAGAACGAGGUGAGCGGGGUGACCGGGAGAGGGAUCGCGAGCGCAGGAGAAGCAAGGAAAAGGAUCGACAUGACAAGGAACGCAGACGCAGCAAAGAUAGAGAACAUCGAAGAAAAGAAAAGGAAAGGGAGAAAGAGAAGGAGAAGGAGAAGGGAGAACGAGAGAGGAGGAAGCGAUCCUUGUCACCAAUUACUCUUCCCCGAGCAAGGGACAAGUUUCCUUUCAAGAAAGGAGCAUCGCCUUUAGGACUAGCUCUAGAUGAUCUAUCACCAGAGGAACGUGAUGCUCGAACAGUAUUUUGCAUGCAGCUGUCACAAAGAAUUAGAGCGAGGGAUUUGGAAGAGUUUUUCUCCUCAGUAGGAAAGGUCAGAGAUGUCAGACUCAUUACCUGCAAUAAAACAAGACGUUUUAAAGGAAUUGCAUAUGUUGAAUUCAGAGAUCCUGAAUCUGUUCCAUUGAAGACAUGCUUCGUGGGAUAUUUGAACCAUUUGGAAAAAUUGACAGCAUUCAGCUAAUAAUGGAUCCAGAAACUGGUCGAUCCAAAGGAUAUGGUUUUUUAACAUUCCACAAUGCUGAAGAUGCCAAGAAAGCACUUGAACAACUGAAUGGAUUUGAACUAGCUGGUCGACCAAUGAAAGUUGGCAACGUAACAGAAAGGUCUGAUUCUACACAAGGUUCUUUGUUGGAUAGUGAUGAAUUGGACAGAACAGGAAUUGAUCUUGGAGCAACAGGGAGGUUGCAACUGAUGUACAAACUUGCUGAAGGCACAGGUAUGCAAAUACCUCAAGCAGCAGCAACUGCACUGAAUCUCAAUGCAGCUGGCACAUUGCCUAUGCAGCAAGCAACACCACCUAUUGCCACCCAGUGCUUCAUGCUAGCUAAUAUGUUUGAUCCCACUGCUGAAACAAACCCUAAUUGGGACAUUGAAAUUCGUGAUGAUGUAAUAGAAGAAUGUAAUAAACACGGUGGUGUUCUACAUGUAUAUGUUGACAAAGCAUCACAGCAAGGAAACGUGUACGUUAAAUGUCCUUCGAUAGCAACUGCAGUUGCGGCUGUGAAUUCUUUACAUGGAAGAUGGUUUGCAGGGAGAGUAAUAACGGCAGCAUAUGUGCCUCUUAUUAACUACCACAGUUUAUUUCCUGAUGCAAUGACAUCGAUGCAACUUCUUAUGCCUUCUGCAGCUAGAAGAGGAUUGUAAAUGUUGGUUUUAAGAGACUGACUGAACAUGAAAGUUUUUAAUAACUUGUGCGUUGAGUGAAAAAAAGUGAAGUGUGUCCUCAAGGAAUAAGUGAUUUUGAAAAUGCAUUUGAACCUAUUUCUGCACCUUUUGUUUCAAGAUUAAUAGUGUAGAUUAUAUGAGGAUGAGAAUGUUGUGAUACUUAAUGACCUACAGUUUUAUGUGGCAAGUGUACUGCCCCAAAUAGACUUCUUGAACAUUGGUAACAGGUAUGUUGCAUACAUCUUGGGUUGCCUACAUUAAUGUAUGUUUAGGUUCAUUGUUGCUAGGAUGCUGUUGGACAGAUUGAAAUUUGUACAGUAAAAUCAGUUGAAAACACUAUGUAUAUAUUCCCAAAUUAAAAAAGUUCUUUAUAAUGUGUUCACUGAUUGCUGGAAACCUAUCCCAAGAUAUCUGAAGAUAAAAAUUUUAUUUCCAAAACUUUG